AUGGAGGCCUCGGCUUCAGCCCCAACUUCAGCCCCAGCUUCAGCCGCAACUCCAGCAACCCCGGCCGCAAAGGAUCCGCGGCUGGAGCUGAACAAAAUACAGGUUAAAAAGGCAGUAAAAGCUCUGUUAGCACAUUCAGAGUCCAGAAAAAAUGCGAAUGCAAUGCUUUUGAAUGAGAAUGAAAAUAUGUUUUUAAUGGUGGUGUUGUGGAAAAUCCCCAAGAAAGAACUGCGGGCCAGACUGUCUUUGCCUCAUGCUAUUCGAUCAGACUUAACAGAAAUCUGUCUGUUUACCAAGGAUGAACCCGACUUAACGCCUGAAAAGACAGAGCAGUUCUAUAGGAAUCUUUUGAACAAGCAUAAAAUUAAAACCGUUUCUCAGAUUAUCUCCCUCCGAACUUUGAAACAGGAAUAUAAACCCUAUGAAGCCAAGCUCCGCCUCUUGGGCAGUUUUGACUUCUUCCUGACUGAUGCAAGAAUUAGGCGGCUUCUGCCUUCAAUUAUCGGGAAACAUUUCUAUCUCCGAAAGAAAGUCCCCGCAUGUGUGAACCUCCUGGCCAAGGACCUGUCUAAAGAGAUUAACAGCUGUAUUGGUGGAACAAUCCUGAACAUCUCGAAAAAUGGUUCAUGCAGCACUGUACGCGUUGGUCACACUGGAAUGAAGAUGCAGCACAUUGUGGAAAACAUCAUUGCAGUCACAAAAGGACUUUCAGAAAAAUUGCCAGAGAAGUGGCAGAGUGUGAAGCUUUUAUACCUGAAAACUGAGAAAUCGGUUGCCCUUCCUGUCUUCUCUUCAUAUGUCAGCUCUUUGGAUGGGAAACAAGUACUCACCCAAGCCCAGAAGAAAAAAGAUGCAAAGAAAAAACAGACAGAAAAGCUCCAGAAAAAGAAAGAGAAGAAAAGGAGAAAAAGAGAAAUGCAGCAGGCCGCAAAGGCUAAUUCAGCCCGAACUCAAGUAAAGAAGGAUACAGCUGAAAUCCAGAGUGCUGGAGCCCAGAAGGGUGGGGAGACCUCCGAAAAGAAGAAAAAGCGCCACAGAGUGAAAACCCAGCUGAAAGCGGGUGACGACUCCGGGGAUGAAAUUCCACUGCUGGUGCCGAUAAAGAAAACGCCUGCUAAGAACAAAAGCGUAGAGAUGCCAAAGGGUGACAUAGUAAAGAAGUCUCCACAAAAGAGUCCUGCUCCCAACACUCCUUUUAGGAAGAAGAGAAAGGCCACCUCUGCACUGGGGACCCUGAAAGGCACAGAACCAGACUUCCAGGUUACAGGCCCAGCAGAGACGGGGGCCUCAGCUACAGGCCCCCAGAAGAAGCCAAGAAUUCGAGAAGAGACAGCAAAAGAAUCAGCCUCUGCUCUGGGCAAGAAAGACCCAAGGCAGACUCCUAAAAAGCCCGGACCCAAGUUUUUCGCCACUCCUAGUAAAUCUGCCCGGAAAACUCCCCAGAACCCCAAGCAACAGCCCAGAAAACCCAAAGUGCCCCAGUUACCCUAA